AUGGCUGAAGGCGGCGACCCACCCGUUCGCAGACAGUACACACCUCUCACCUCGACCCAAUCCUUUCUCGUUGAACGUCUACUCUCUUUCCCCAGCCUUACGUACGAGAGAGUGUUCCCCCUCGACGAACCGAAAUCCUCCGCUGGCAUUUUGCCACCCGUAACUUCCCGUAUCCCGAAGCCCAAGGGCGAAGUAACACGUAUCGGUCGUGGUGGAUAUACCCUCCGGGAGGCACUCGCUUGGUCUAGCGAUCGAUAUGAGGGUGUAAAGAAAUAUGUACAGCAGCUCGCCGAGAAAUACCUCAAUGUGCAUGAAACCUUCAACGCCCAAAAGACGGAGGACUUGGCCAAAGUGUUCGCCGAGGCCAAGGAAGCGUACGCUGAGCUUGAUCAAUACGAGGGUGAUUGGGUCGUAUCUGACUUUCUCCGCAUUUACCUCAAAAACUCCAAGGCGAGAAAGAAGGCAGGCAGAUAA